AUGUCGCUCUUUAAAACGAAAGAAAUCUGGUCAGCUGAUGUGGGCAACAACGCUGAGGAGGUGUUCGAUGUUGGGUGUAUGUGUUUGGCUGAUCUCGACCAUUCAGGCCGCGGUAAUAAAAUUGUAGUUGGCAGUUUCGGUGGGGUGUUAAGAAUAUAUCAGCCAAAUUUAAAAUAUGAAAUCCACAAAAAAGCCGAUGAAUUGUUGUGCGAGGUGGCUGUAAAAGAACCCAUUAUCCAUGUAGUUGUUGGAAGAUUUGUUGUAAGUUCUCCCACACUCUCCAUUGCUGUUCUACAGAUUAAAAAGUUGUCAGUCUACUUGUUUGAAAGUAACCUUGGUUCAAACAGCAGCACACUGCUGGAAUGCAACAUGACUUGCGUAUAUGAGCACAAACUCAGAAGAAAUGCCUUCAACAUGUGUCAUGGUCCUUUUGGAAAAGUACAAGGCAAGGAUUUUUUGUGCGUUCAGUCACUAGAUGGGGUGAUAUCAAUAUACGAGCAGGAAGUUUAUGCAUUGAGCCGAUGCUUGCCUAAUUCACUAAUUCCUGGACCAAUCGUCUACGUCGGGUCAACUGACUGCUUUGUUACUGUUUCUUCGGCAAGGAUGGUGGAAUGUUAUGAGCUGCAGACGAUUGCAACAUCAUCAGACAACGUCAGUAAAGCGCAAGACGGCAUCUCAUCAUCUGGCAAGAAAAUAAAUGCGUUUUGGACAUUCAUCACCAAUGAUAACGCCAGAGAUAUACAAGUUGUGACGCACCAUACCUCAAACAAACAAAACAUCUAUGUCCUAGGUUGUGAAAGAAACUUGUACGCAUUCACGAGUUCUGGAGUUAUCUUCCUGAUGAAAAAAUUUGAAUUUGAUCCCAGCUCCUUCUUUGUUUACUCGCCAAAUGUUGAGGAACUAACGGUGAACAUUUUAAUAACAACACACAACAAAACACUGCUCGUUUAUAAGAACACGACACUGCAAUGGGCCGCCAACUUAGCCAAUGUACCUGUGCAAGUGGCCAGAAUCUCUACUGACGGCAAGGGAUGCAUUGUUACGAUGGACGACAGUGGUCGUCUGGCCGCUCUUUUCCUGGGUACUGAGCCCUCCGUCUGGUCACGACCCGUUUUCCAGAGUAAUAGUUCGAGGGAAGCUGGCUUCAAUGAGGCUCAAGCUGAGUUGAAAAAGUUGCAGGAAUUAAUUAAGAGAAAGCAAGGAGAGUCGAAAGUUGAAUCAGUUGGCGAGUUAACUCAGCCGGUAGAAGUGUCAUGUCUCGUGCAGUUACGCGAUGACCUGGUUCGAAUGCUGUCUGUCCGAAACUUAAAGGUUACCAUACGCCAUGCGUGUAUGAUGCGGCUGUAUCUUGGUCUGUUGUACACUUCAAAACAAACGCACGCGCGCACACACGCACACACACUUGAGUAUUCCGUUGUAGGUGGGAUAAAAGUGUUGGAGAGAUCAUCUGAAAUUGAACUGCCAAUCAUGAUGGAGAGGGUGGAGCCAGAGAAGACAUCAAGCAUCAAGUUGACCAUGGACUCUAAUGUUGCUUCAUUUGAUCUCAACUCUUUAUACAGUGGUUUUGUAGUUGAUGGUGAGGAUGGUUCGCUUGCGGUUGCUUUCAAGUGUGUCGGGCAGAGUGAUAGAGCUGUUGUCACUUUUUUAAGUUCUAAAACUUCAAAUAGGUUUCGAUUGCAAUCUGACAGCUUACCUGAAAUGUGGCUCGUCUUGAAAGAUUUUGUUAAACGAUUGAAUAAAAAAUCGCCAGAUGUCAGGUUGUCGAUAGAUCUGCAAAAGCAGCUACCGUUAGUUGAAUACUUCCAUAUUAUGGACCAACAUUUUCAAUGUCGGCGAGAAAAAGUGAAACUUGAUUUGUUGUUGGAGUCGACAGCUCUGCAGUACAGGGCAGUUCAGAAGAGGUUGUUGAUAAUAUUCAAAGACAAGUCGGCCACAUCUCUCAAGAAACUUGAUUUCUUACUUGAGGCUACAUACAAACAGAUAAUUUCGAUAACAGAGCAAAUAGAUGCAAAUGACCUCAAGUUGCGACAAGCAUCAUCAUCACUGUCGGCUGCCACUCAUCUCAUCAUCCUACUUAUCAGAAUCGCUCUCAAUCUGUCAGACGAGGAAAUGAAAAUAUUUCAAUCUUCUUUCACUCCCAACGUUCACUCCUGCGACGCCUCUGGGGGUUGGGAAGAAAUUGUCGAGAGCAACAUCACCAGCAUGUUGAAAGUUUACUUUUCAAAGAGCAUCAAUCCUGAGCCCGCCAUUUCAACAGCAGCCAAUCAGAUCCCAACAAGUUUGGAAAACAUUGAAAAGUUGAAGAAACGCAUUGGACUCCUACUUGACAAAUUAAUAAAAGGUGGAAGAUUAACUGACCAGCAGCAACAAAAACAGACACAACGAUCAACCCAACAAUAUCAACAAAAAUCAGGUGAUGGGAUUAAUUUUAAGAUAUUUUAUAAUAUAAAAUAUGGUUGUUUGUUAUUAUCUACACGCAUCCAUCAUAUUUAUUCUAACUUUCUCGUUAGCUGA